AUGGAAAUCGAUUUCAACAUAUUCUCUAUUAACCUUUUCUCCAUGAUACUGCGCAAUUCAUUUUCUUCGAUUAAAUACAUUCAGUCUUCCUGUUUCUUCUUUCAUACUGUUCUCAAAACUAUCUAUCUAUCUAUCUAUCUAUAUAUCUAUCUAUCUAUCUAUCUAUCGAUUUUUAGCAUCAAAUAUACCCCGUCUCUCAAACUCCACCUAUAUAUGGGUAUUCGCAUACCUGUAUGCAUUGAAAAUAUUACUUUUCUCUCAGUGUGUCAUAUUUUCACUCACACGCUAUACACAAGUGGGGGGCCCAAAAGUAACGGGAAUCGUUUUCUGUGUGACAAGCCCGUUGUAGUUCAGGCUUCCACAGCUAGAUGCCAUUUGAGGCGACCCCCAGGCAUCAGUGUGCUAACUGGUGUCAUCGUGGGAAGACGUACAGCUCCGUGGUUCACAUUUGUUUAG